UGCACUGAACUCACAUGGUCCUGAUCCUGCACUCAACCGACAUGAUCCUGCACUCGUCUCCUGUGGUCGUGCACUGAUUUCACAUGGUACUGAUCCUGAUCCUGCACUCAACCGACAUGAUCCUGCACUCGUCUCCUGUGGUCCUGCACUGAACUCACAUGAUCCUGAUCCUGAUCUUGCACUCAACCGACAUGAUCCUGCACUCGUCUCCUGUGGUCCUGCACUGAUUUCACAUGGUCCUGAUCCUGAUCCUGCACUCAACCGACAUGAUCCUGCACUCGUCUCCUGUGGUCCUGCACUGAACUCACAUGGUCCUGAUCCCAGACGCGUCCCCUGUGAUCCUGCACUUGUGUCGCCUGAUACUGAUUCUGCACUCAUUAGUACUAUAUCGGUCUGUGAAGAACCUCCACUCUCAUUCAUACCACCAGUCCACCAAACCUCAACAAACACUUCCUGUGCAUAUGGGCAGGUACGGCAAACUGCUACUGUCGAGGAUACAAGAAAACAGCAUGAGUUGCUUCUUCUUGCUUUAAAACUCAAGCAUGGACUGACUGAUGAAGCUUUAGAAGACACACUUAAAGUUGUUAACGUUAUAAGUCAGAGGCAUGCUGUGUCAUCUACCAAACAUCACUUUUACAAAACUUUUGAUGACUUGAAAAGAAAUAUUCAGUUUCACUACAUAUGUGAGGGAUGCACAAUUUCUGUAAACAUUGAGGGAGAAAAAGUGGUUUGUCCUAACUGUCAAUAUUCUUGUAGAAUAGCCGAUCAUAUGAAACAGGGGCACUUCUUUAUUGUUUUUCCACUAGAAUCACAAUUAAGGAAUAUGAUGGAACAAGAGGAACUCUUCAGCCAGUUGACUAGGCCUAACAGUGUUGCUCACUCUAGUCCACUGACAGAUAUCACCGAUGGUGAGCUUUACAAGAGGGUUAACAGAAAUAUUGAGGGCCAAUCUGAGCAUCACGUCAAUCUCACACUAACCUUUAGCUGUGACGGGGUACCUGUGUUUAAGAAAUCUUCUUACAGUAUUUGGCCACUUCUCUAUACAGUCAAUGAAUUACCACCUGAUUUGAGAGCAAAACAAGUGAUGUUGGCAGCCUUAUGGUUUGGUCCAUCAAAGCCAAACUGUAACACAUACUUAUCACCAUUGAAUACAUAUGAAUACAUGACCAUAAAAUGCCGGCCGUAUUAUCUACCGCGAGAGCUCACAGCGGUGUUCAUUAUUGUUGUUUAUAUCCCCCCGAGCGCAAAAGCUAAUGAGGCGCUAGCAGAACUACAUGAAAACAUAGUCUCUCUCCAAAACAAGUACCCGGAUGCAUUUUAUGUGAUUGCUGGAGAUUUUAACCAUGUAAAUUUGACGGACAUUACACCAAGGUUUUAUCAACAUGUUACUAUUGCAACCCGGGGAAAUAACACCCUCGAUCGUGUGUACACAAACAGACGCGGAGCCUACAGAUCACUCCCUCUUCCUAACCUUGGAUUGUCUGAUCAUAUCUCUGUUAUGCUUGUUCCCUCCUACAGCCCUGCUGUGAAGACAAUGAAACCAACACAAAAGUCAAUUACAGUGUGGCCCAGUAAUGCUGCCUCUGUGUUGCAACACUGCUUUGAAAGUACUGACUGGCAGGUUUUUAAGGAGGCAGCAACAGAUGCUGGAGAGGUGGAUCUGGACGAGUAUGCAUCCUCUGUCACCUGUUACAUAAGCAAGUGUGUGGAUGAUGUUACUACCACUAAGACAAUAACUAUCCACCCUAACCAGAAGCCCUGGCUAACUGCUGAGGUCAGAUCACUUCUGAGAGCACGAGAUUCAGCAUUCAGGAAGGGUGACACGGAGGCGCUUCGAGUGGCAAGGAGGAAUUUGAAUACCGGCAUAAAAAGAGCCAAGGCUGAUUAUGCUCUCAAGAUACAGGGUCAUUUUUCUACCAACGACCCCCAGAGAUUGUGGGCUGGCAUAAAGAGCAUCACUGAUUAUAAAAGAGGAGAUAUUGAAUGCUCCAGAGAUCCAUCUCUUCCUGAUGCUCUAAACACUUUCUAUGCUCGUUUUGAGGUCUCUAAUAACACUCCUAGCACUAGACUCACUGUUCCACCUGGUGAGCAGCCACCCAGUGUUACCACAGAAGAUGUCAGGAGGGUCCUUCAGAGAGUCAAACCACGGAAAGCUGCAGGCCCAGAUAACAUCCCAGGCAGGGUUCUGAAAGACUGUGCAUUUCAGCUCUCAGAGGUACUGACUGACAUUUUUAAUAUCUCACUGUCAAAAGCAGUUGUACCCUCAUGCUUUAAAUCUGCUACUAUUAUUCCUGUUCCUAAGACUAACACCGUGUCAUGUUUGAAUGACUAUCGCCCGGUAGCACUCACCCCAAUAGUGAUGAAGUGUUUUGAGCGGCUGGUCAUGACUCAAAUCAGUGAGAAAAUUGAUGGCAGCACUGACCAGAAUCAGUACGCUUAUCGAAAGAACAGGUCCACUGCAGAUGCCGUCUCAUCAGUCUUACAUCUGGCUCUUACCCAUCUGGACAGCAAAGACACCUAUGUGAGAUUGCUUUUUAUGGAUUUUAGUUCGGCUUUUAAUACAAUCAUUCCACAGACAUUGAUACACAAACUGGAGAUUUUAGGACUGAGUUACUCAUUGUGCAACUGGGUACUGGACUUUUUAACAAACAGAAAACAGUCUGUAAAAAUCCAUAAUAAAUUUUCUUCCACCAUUGUUCUUAACACCGGCUCACCACAGGGAUGUGUCCUGAGCCCAAUGUUGUACACACUGCUGACAUAUGAUUGUUCAGCCAGACACCCGAGUAAUCAUGUUGUCAAGUUUGCAGAUGAUACUGUGGUGAUGGGACUCAUUUCUCAGAAUGAUGAGUCAGCCUAUAGAUCAGAGGUGGAACAAAUGGUGGCUUGGUGCAAGGACAACAACCUAUGGAUUAACGUGGAAAAGACUAAAGAAAUUAUUGUGGACUUUAGAAAAACAAAUAGGAGGCACACCCCUCCCAUUUGUAUUGAGGGAUCUGAGGUGAAAGUUGUCUCCAGCUACAAAUAUCUAGGAGUACAUAUCAACGAUGACUUAAAGUGGAAAUCCAACUGUAAUAGUCUGGUAAAAAAGGCUCAUCAAAGGCUGUAUUUUCUGAGGAGGCUUAAAAAGGCUGGCUUGGGAACUACAGUUCUCACAUCUUUUUAUAGGUGUGUGGUGGAGAGCAUCCUAACAUCUUGUAUAACAGUGUGGUAUGGAAACUGCUCUGUAACAGAGAGGAAGGCCCUACAGCGUGUGGUUAAGACGGCAGAGAAAGUCAUCGGUUGUAGUCUCCCUGCAAUUGGAGAUAUAUACAUCAACAGAUGCAAGACUAGGGCUGCAAGUAUCAUGAAAGACUUCUUUCACCCUGCCAAUAGACUAUUUGACCCUCUUCCUUCAGGUAGGAGGCUGCGCAGCAUCAGAGCUAGGACAUCAAGGUUAAAAAACAGUUUCUAUCCAGAAGCCGUGAGACUUUUUAAUAUUGACAACUACAGAAUUGAUGAACUGAACUUGCUGUCCUAAAUUAGAUUGCACUAACUUUAUUACUAUGCUGCUAAUUUUUAAGGGUUUUUAGUGUGUGGAGAGACUGUACCCAUAUAUUAAUAUGGGCUUGUAUUAUUUGUUAUUUUAUCUAUUGUAUUUAUUGAUGAGUAGUUAGUUAUUUAUUGUGAAUGGUUUUAA